CAGAUACUGUUUUCUAAACAAUUUUAAUAAUCAGAAAAAAGAAAAAAGACUCAGUGGUUUACCCACCCAUUAAUAUUAGCUUACCAAAUAAUAGUCAGAAUCUCCCAUAAAAGGCUCUUUCACGGCAGAAUCUUCUUAUCUUUCUCAUCAAUUUCUUGUUGAUUUCGAUCUCAUCUAAGUCCACGUUUCAAUAUUUUAUAAUUAAUUUUAUUAUUAUUAUCAUUAUUUUUUGUUUUUUAUUUUUUAUUUUUUUGAAUCCUGUGCUCUUAAUAAAGCUGAUUAUUUUCCCUUUUCUUCGAAUCCCAAGGUCCAAAUUCCAAAAUAACUAACAAACGGAAAUAACUAUGUUUCCGUUUUGCCGUUGUCACUCCAUCUUCUUCGUCCUCUUCCUCUUCAUCCUCUCCCUUUCCUGCCCUUGCUUUCCCGCCAGAACCAUACCGGACAAAGUAACCGUCAUAACGUCCGAAGUUCACAACGCCACGUGGCACGAUUUCACAAGGUUCCUCGAUGCCUGCAAGGGAAGCCAAGUCAGCGGCAUGUCGGAGCUCAAGAAGUACUUCCACCGUUUCGGCUACCUCUCCUCCUCCUCGUCGGUAACCGAAACGAAUUUCACCGAUUGUUUCGAUACUCAAUUCGAAUCGGCUGUGAUUCUUUACCAGACCAUGCUCGGCUUACCGGUAACCGGAAAGCUAGACUCCGACACAAUAUCCACCAUCAUGUCGCCGCGGUGCGGCGUCAGCGACUCCGCGCAUAAUAAUAUUAGUGACAAUAAAUCGCCGCUUCAUGCGACUCGUCACUACGCUUACUUCUACGGCAAACCAAGGUGGGGUCGGUCGUCGCCGAUGACACUCUCGUACGCUUUUUCACCCAACAACAUGAUCGAAUACUUGAGCUUAUCGGACAUCCGUACAAUCUUCAGUCGGUCUUUCUCGAGGUGGUCAGCGGUGAUUCCGGUGAACUUUACCGAGACAGACGCAUACGAAUCGGCGGAUAUAAAAAUCGGGUUUUACCAGGGCGAUCACGGCGACGGAGAACCGUUCGAUGGGGUUUUGGGAGUGCUGGCUCAUGCCUUUUCGCCAGAAAAUGGGAGGUUCCACCUGGACAAGAGUGAAUCAUGGGCCGUUGAUUUCAAAUCAGAUAAGUCAAAAGUGGCAGUUGAUUUGGAGUCGGUGGCUACGCAUGAGAUUGGGCAUGUAUUGGGGCUGGCCCACUCUUACGUGCGAGAAGCGGUUAUGUAUCCUAGCUUAAGUCCAAGAACGAAGAAAGUUGACCUGAAGAUGGAUGACGUGGCAGGUGUUCAAGCUCUCUACGGGUCCAACCCUAAUUUCAAGUUCAGCUCUUUGUUAGAGUCUGAAAAUUCUUACAAUCAAGCUUUUGGUUUCUCGAACAAAUUCUCUUACUGGACCUUUUCUUUCUCAGUGAUAGUUUUUAUAUUUUUCCUGGCCACAUAAAAAGUUGAACAUCCUUUUUCUAUUCUUUUUUUCUACUUUUUUUUUUAUUUAUUCUUUUCAAAAAUUUGUUUUAUAUAUAUUCAAAAGUGCAGACACAUUCACUUCCAAGAAAGUAAAGGAAAUUCUUUU